AUGAAGUUUGCUCUCUGCUGUCUCGCCAUCAUCGGAUGUGCCAAUGCUCAAUUCAGUGCCACUGCCCAAGCUGCAAUCGUCAAAGCUCACAAUGACUUGAGAUCUGCCAUUGCGAAAGGAACUUAUGACGCCGCUGGAACCAUUGAGCCACCAGCAGCUAACAUGCGCAAGAUGAAAUGGGACACCACCGUUGCUGCCUCUGCUCAAAAGUAUGCCAAUCUUUGCCCAGAUGACCACUCCGGAUACCCAGAUCUUGGAGAGAAUCUCUAUUGGUCAUGGUCAUCCUCUGCUCCAACUAGUCUUGAUAAAUUUGGAGUCGCCGCUUCCCAAUCCUGGGAGCAAGAAUUCCAAGACUAUGGAUGGUAUUCCACUACUUUGGACGAGGACACCUUCAACUCUGGAAUCGGACAUGCUACACAGAUGGCUUGGGCUGAAACUAAUCUGAUCGGUUGUGGAGUUAAAAACUGUGGAAGAGAUGCAUCGAGCUCUAACAUGUAUAAAGUUGCAGUGGUCUGUCAAUACAAAUCUGCUGGAAACAUGAUUGACGGCGACAUCUAUCAACCAGGAGACACUUGCUCCUUCUGCUCAUCUGGAUUUAAGUGUGAGACCGCUUCCGGAUUGUGUGCCUAA